ACUAGUCGUUGGACUAGGUUCUGUGUAUUCAUUCAAAUGUACCCUGUGCAUUCCGGCGAGUAUAUCCUCUGGUUCAUGGUCAGUUUCUAUGUGCUUUUUCUUCUUUCUGAAUUUUAACAGAUCCAUAGCAGCAGCUAAUGUACCCUUGUCCGAAGAUAAAGAUCGAGUGCCAGUAGUACUCGUAGUACUAGUAGCCGCUGUGGGAUGUUCAUUGCCAUUGGCAUUGCUUAUGGCACUUGAAGAGGCACCGUCAUUGUUGAGGCUAAGAACACUAUCAUUCCACGAAGAAACCGAAAUAACAUCUGCGUUUUGACUUCUCCUUUGCAUUGGGAUUCUGAGUACCAAAGAAUCGCCAGCAAAUGCCAUAAACCGAUAAAAAUUGCACUGAUUCUGUUUUCAUCUGUAAUUAUUCCGGGUUUCCGAUGUGCACUACGUCAUCGAUUUAUGUGUUUAUCCACGUCAUCAAGUCGUGUACAUUUAAAGAUGGCGCUUCCGUUUGAAAGGUGUGCGAAAUGUUAUUUCAAUGUCGCGUCCGCUAAUAAGCAACUGAUGGUGCAACAAAAAGUGAUUUAAUAUAGUGCCGUCAUUAUUUUAGCAAAUAAUGAAGAAAGAAGAUGUAGAUUGUUUGUGGAGUGAUGAAGAAGAUGACAUUUUUUUCAGUCCAACUAAACCGGUUGUAAAAAACAAUGUCAAUAAACAAAGGAAGUUGGAUACUUUUACAAGUCAAAUACCUGCACAAAUUUCAACUGUAAAGAGCAAUGCCUCCUGGGUAGCCUCAGCCUUUGAUGGUUUUGAUGACUUUGAGGCCCCAGUUGUGAAAUCAUGCACUGCUGGAAAACAGACACUGCUGUCCCAGAGCAGUGAUUCUUUCCAAAGAAAGAGACCUAGAGAGACAAGUACCAAAACAAGGGGGCAUAGUUUCAUGAGCCAAAGAAGUGCCAUAACUAGAAGGAAAAAUGUAUCGGAUAAUGAUCUCUGGGCUGAUAAGCAUGCACCACUCUCAAAAAAUGACCUUGCCGUCCACAAAAAGAAGAUAGAAGAGGUAGAGAAUUGGUUGUUGAAUAAUUUGAAGAGGAAACCACACCAGGGAGCCCCUGUGUUGCUCCUGACAGGUCCAGCAGGAGCAGGAAAAACAGCAACCAUGAAUGUUUUAUCACAGGAGCACAAUAUAGAAAUACAGGAAUGGGUAAACCCCCUUGUUACCCAGUUUGAGGAAAUUGCUUUCAACAGAGAAGAUUAUGUGCCUGUGGAAGGACCCACACAUAAUUCUCAGGUGACAGUAUUUAGGGAUUUCCUUCUCAGAGCCAAUAAAUAUCAAACUCUUCAGAUAUUUGGAGGUGACCGCUGUCACAGCAGAAAGAUUGUCCUAGUCGAGGAUUUUCCCAACUUCUUUUAUAGACAGUCAAAAGACUUCCAUGAAAUAUUGAGAAAAUAUGUCUCUACGGGUCACUGUCCUCUGGUAUUUAUAAUAAGUGAUAGUGCAGGUGGUGAGUCCAAUGAGAGGCAUCUCUUCCCAAAAGAUCUACAAAGUCAGCUUAAUAUAUACAACAUUAGUUUUAAUCCAGUAGCGCCAACAAGUAUGGUCAAAGUAUUACAAAGGAUAGCUACAACUGAAUCUACUAAGGGUGCCCAUAAGUUUAGUGUUCCAAGUAAGUCGACUCUGGAAGCUAUUGCCAAUGCAAGCUCUGGAGAUAUCCGUGGUGCUGUUAAUGCUUUACAGUUUGCCUGUCUAAGAGACACAGCAGAUUUGGCCAAUAUAAUGAGAUCAUCCUGUAAGGACAAGAAGAAAAGUGGGCAGGGCUCAAAAUCAAAAUCAAAAUCUGCAAAGUCCAAGCAGACAAAAGGCACAUCGAAUGCAGGAGAUGAGGAAGAGACAGAUCUUGCGGCCAUUGGAGGGAAAGACACUUCAUUAUUCUUAUUCAGGGCUCUGGGAAAGAUCUUACAUUGUAAAAGAGACCCAGACAGUUCUGAUGCUCUCCUGCUCCCACCACAUUUAGCACAGUAUUCACGGCAUGAUUUGCUUUUGAAUCCAGAGGUUGUAAUUGAAAGGUCCAACUUAUCUGGAGACUUCUUCACAGCAUAUCUGCAGCAGAAUUAUGUGGAUUUUUAUACAGAUAUAGAUGAUGUUGUGAGGGCAAGUGAAUAUAUUAGUGACUGUGAUUUCCUUACUUCAGACUGGGUGUCUCGGACAUCUCAAGGAUUGUAUGCAGCAUCAGUGGCAGCCAGGGGUAUCAUGUUCAGUAACUCAGCUAGAGCUGGCAGUACUAGCACUGGAGGUUCUGGACUGGGCUGGAAGCCACUGCAUAAGCCACAGUGGUUUGCUAGUGCCAAAAAGGCUAGAGAAAAUUCUUUAGCAGCAAGAACACUUUUUAAAGGUCACAGCUGGACUCCUGAAGACCUUCAGACCCAGUAUCUCCCUUAUUUGUCCUUGACCAGUGUUCCUCUGCAUGAUCCAGGUCAGUUCACCUUCCUCCAAGAUCUUUGCAAGUAUUCAUCAUUGAAGUUCUCUUCAAGGUCAUAUCCAGAACGUCUAGAUGAAAAGGAUGUUGAGAUGGAUGUGGAUAAUGAAGAACCUUCACUGGCAGUGCAGGAUGUCCCCCACCUAAAUAAAAGAGUCCUUGGUGAAGAAGAAGAAGAUGAAAAUGACAUUCCCAGUAGUCAAUCAAAUCUCCAAGUUGGAGGAGCUGCUGAAGAGCAGGAGGAAGAAGAAGUUGUGAUUGAGGAUUUUGAUGAUUGAAGCGCUUUGCCAGUCGAGCUUCGGAUUUUGUUUCCUGUAAAUAUUACAGGUGUGACAUACAAGACCUGAAAGGGCUGGAAUAAUUCUCAAUGCCUGUUUGUCAAGUAUAAUGUUUUUUUUCUAAACCAGAAGAAUCUCGAAGAAUAAUGCAGAGCAACUCAACACUGGUCUUCCAAUUAUCAAACAUUUUUAUGGAGGAAUUAUAGUUGCGUGAACACCUGAAAAAUGAAUAAAGUACAUAAAGUGCAUUUAAAUAGGAAAUGAUUUAAGUUCAAUUGUAUUCAAGUAGAGGCAAUUUCAACUUAUAUAAAUCGUCACAAUACUUUAGACGGUGUGUGCUGAUGGGAAGUUGGACAGCCGCAUUUUGUUUUUUGUUGUUCAGCUAACUUUUCAGCGAUAAAGCUAGCAAAGAAACAUUAGGUUUUUGUUAGUAACUGUACAUCAAUCAUGAAAAUUAUAACAAGUAUCAAA